AUGGCCGACUCUGAUAAUGACAUUAAUGUUUUGUCCAUGGUGUUGACAUCCUUAAUCCGACUGCAUGAACCAGUAAAUACACCAACAAGUGAACAAAUUAAUACACCAACCGUUGAACCGGUGAAUACACCAACAUGUGAACCAGUGAAUACACCAACAGAUGAACCAGUGAAUACACCAACGAGUGAACUAGUGAAUACACCAACAGAUGAACCAGUGAAUACACCAACAUGUGAACCAGUGAAUACACCAACAAGUGAACCAGUGAAUACACCAACAGAUGAACCAGUGAAUACACCAACGAGUGAACAAGUGAAUACACCAACAGAUGAACCAGUGAAUACACCAACAUGUGAACCGGUGAAUACACCAACAUGUGAACCAGUGAAUACACCAACAGAUGAACCAGUGAAUACACCGAGUGAACUAGUGAAUACACCAACAGAUGAACCAGUGAAUACACCAACAUGUGAACCAGUGAAUACACCAACAAGUGAACCAGUGAAUACACCAAUGAGUAAACCAGUGAAUACACCAACUUGUGAACCAGUGAAUAUACCAACAAGUGAACCAGUGAAUACACCAACAAGUGAACCAGUGAAUACACCAACGAGUAAACCAGUGAAUACACCAACUUGUGAACCAGUGAAUAUACCAACAAGUGAACCAGUGAAUACACCAAUGAAUACACCAACAUGUGAACCAGUGAAUAUACCAACAUGUGAACCAGUGAAUACACCAAGUGAAUACACCAAUGAGGGAACCAGUGAAUACACCAACAGAAGUAGCAGUAUCAACAUCAGUGACAGUACAUAUAGUAACAACAGCUGUGACAGUAACAACAGCUGUGACAGUAACAAUGGUUACAACAGCUGUGACAGUAACAAUGGUAUCAACAGCUGUGACAGUAAAAAUGGUAACAACAGCUGUGACAGUAACAACGUUCACAACAGCUGUGACAGUAACAAUGUUACCAACAGCUGUGACAGUAACAAUGCUACCAACAGCUGUGACAGUAACAAUGGUAACAACAGCUGUGACAGUAACAAUGUUACCAACAGCUGUGACAGUAACAAUGGUAACAGCUGUGACAGUAAUAACAGCUGUGACAGUAACAAUGGUAACAACAGCUGUGACAGUAACAAUGGUAACAACAUCUGUGACAGUAACAGUGGUAAUAACAGCUGUGACAGUAACAAUGUUAAACAACAGCUGUGGCAGUAA